ACCCCGCUUCUCAGAAAACCACACGUUCAACACAUUCCUAAAUAAACUGGCAAGGACUUUUGCUGGGGGGAAAAAAAUGCAAUGGAAAAUAACCAGCUUUCCACCUCGAAUCUAAUGCCACUCAAUUGUACCUAUGCGUUUAUGACCGCCCGCAGUAGCCGUCCGGUUUCAGACCGUCAGUUUUGAGUUUCACGUUUUCCUCAUUUAUCUAAUCUCCCACUCGGGACUCCGCUGAUCAGCCUGGCUCGCAUUGGAAACAGGGUUUAGUGAGAUUUACACUGCGAGCGAGCGCGUAGCAGCAAACCAACUGUAAUGCGAAAGAUGGAUUUUAACUUUCCCCAGUGUGCGAUUUUCGCCGGGAUCUCGGUAUUGCUCCAGACACUCUUGUUGUGCUCAACCGCAGCAAGUUUGGAACCGUACGACCUGCUGUACGCAAGCGGCGUUGAGGCAUUUUAUAGACACGAUUAUGAGAAUGUGGUACUCUACAUGGAGAAAGCCCUCGCAAGCUACAGCGAGCUCCGGCAGACCAAGGUCCAAUGCAGACUCGGGUGCAAUGAUCAGCACCCGUUUGAUGCAUCCUUUUCGGACUUGGCGUUCUUCAGUGCAGUGCUCAAAAGGGCAGCUUGCUUGAACGAAUGCAUGGAGAGUAAAGUCGGGCAACAGCUGUCUGUGCACCUGGUCAGUGGGGAUGUGGUUCAGGACUUCAGCAGAAGGGUCCCUUAUAACUAUCUCCAGCUGGCUUACUAUAAGUUGAAUCAGCUGGACAAGGCGUCAGCGGCAGCCCACACGUUCUUCCUGGCCAACCCCGAGCACAUGGAGAUGUGGCAGAACCUGGAGCACUACAAGUUGCUGGAGGGGGUGCAGGAGAGCCACUUCCAGGACAGGGAGGCUCGGCCACACCAGCAAGCCUUCACCUCUGGAGUAAAGCACUACGAUGCAGGGGACUAUGAGAAGGCCAUCUCGUUCUUCGAGGAGGCCCUGCUGGAGUACGGCAAGGCGGACGUGGAGUGCAGGGCGCUGUGCGAGGGGCCACAGAAGUUUGAAGAGCACGAGUACCUGGAUUAUUACCCCGGCCUGUACAAGGCCAUCUCAGAUCACUACACGCAGAUCCUGAUCUGUGAACAUGAGUGUGUGCGUGACCUGGCCACCCGCCCCGGCCGACUGUCCCCAAUGGAGAACUACCUGCCCCUGCAUUACGACUACCUGCAGUACGCCUACUUCAAGGUGAAUGAGAUUGAGAAAGCGCUGGAAUGUGCCGGGACCUACCUGCUCUUUCAUGAAGGAGAUGAGUUUAUUACUGAUAACAUCGAGUUCUACAAGGAGGCUCUAGCUGAGAACAACAGGCCCCAGGACAUCAGACCACGCCAGGAUGCUGAGAGGUAUGUGAGGCGUCACCAGCAGGAACUGAAGGUCCUGCUAGUGGGAAGUGACAAUCUGGAUUUCGUUUACUCCGAGCAGAAUUACUGGAGCACCACCUUCGGCAGAGAGGAUAUAAACAGGGUCCCUUCAGGAACUGCCAUUGGUGUGCGCUCCAGCUCUCCGUCAGAGAAGAGGACCCUGGCUUCAGAAACGGACGCAGGACUGCGGGAAGGUGGGCCGGUGCCCUAUGACGAAGUGCAGAUGGUUUUGGGCUCCGAGGCGCUCAACGGCUCCCAGCGAGUCCUGCUCGACGGACUGCUCACGGAGCAGGAGUGCAGGGAUCUCAAAAGCGCAGCGCAGUCGAUCACUAUGGCUGGGGAUGGAUACAGUGGGAAGAUGUCGCCCCACACGCCCAAUGAGAAGUUCGAAGGGGCAACGGUGCUGAAAGCCCUGCAGUACGGCUAUGACGGGCGGAUCCCAUUGAAAAGCGCCCAGUUGUUUUACGAGGUCAGUGAGAAGGCGCGGAGGACCAUUGAGUCCUAUUUUAUGCUGAACUCCACCCUGUAUUUCUCAUACACCCACUUGGUGUGCAGGACAGCAAUCCAAGGCCAGCAAAGCCAUCGGAACGACCUGAGCCACCCGAUCCACGCAGAUAACUGCUUACUGGACACUGAGGCCUACGAAUGCUGGAAGGAACCCCCUGCGUACACCUACAGAGAUUACAGUGCUAUUUUAUACCUGAAUGGAGAUUUCGAUGGCGGGGAGUUUAUCUUCACUGAGAUGGAUGCCAAAACAGUCACUGCCUCAGUGAAGCCCAAUUGCGGGCGGAUGGUGGGCUUCUCAUCAGGCGGUGAGAACCCGCAUGGCGUGAAGGCCGUCACCAGGGGGCAGCGCUGCGCCGUGGCCAUGUGGUUUACACUAGAUCCACUCUUCAGAGAGCUGGAGAGGCUACAGGCGGACGAGGUGAUGCAGUCUCUAGAUGAUGAACACCGGAUGGACAUUCUCAACCCAAGGGAUGAGUUAUAAACUCAUUCAGAAUGACAUGGAACGUUAUGUUAAUUAAUAUCUAUUUAUUUAAGAGCGUUCAUUUUAACGGAAGGUUUUAUUUUUGUACCAUGUGUCACUAUAGUGUGAAAAACGUUUUUUUGAUGAGAUCUAACGGAUAACGCGGCAUGGCGGUACUUGAGUGUUUUUUGUUUGUUUGUUUUAUUGUUUCGUGUGUUGCCUGUUCUGUAGCACCGUUUGCCUCCCAGGCCAUCCAAAACAAACCUAAACUUCAGCCCGUUUCAUUGCUAGUUUCAUGAGUGUAUCGGACAGGUGUGGCUCCACGCAGUGAGUUUUGUACCUACCCUUUUUUUUAAAUCCUAGUUUUUAUUAAUAUGUUUCAAAGCUGGUCAUACUAAGGAGAACCACGUAGCAUUUCCUUUCCCUUAGGGUCUCCUGUCCCUAUUAUGAGGAUGGGAUGGGGUCGCUGGAGUGGAAUUUCAUUUGUAAUAUAUAUAUAUAUAGCUAUACUUUUUGUAUGUUGGUUGUGUUCAUGUGUAUAUUUGUAUUGUGCUGUGUUUUGUCUGUUUUGUGCUGGACUGAUUGGAAUGCAAAUGAGCUCCAGUAUUGUAUAAAGGAUGCACUUCCUAGGUGCUAGGCUGCCUGUGUGACGAUGAUCUGGGCAGCGCAGCUGAGACACAGAGCUGGAGGGUCUGAAUCGAAGCAAGGCUGUUAAAAUGACCAAAUGAAAUGAUGGUGAAGAGCAGCAGUCCAAAGGGAUGGGUCACUCACAGCACUUUAAACACCUGCAAACACCUGGCUUCUUGAUUUAAUUUGGUCUAACCUCUGUAGGCUUGUGGUUAAUAAUGACUUGCAACACAAUAUGCGUUUACAGUUUGGUUUGUCUCUCUGUGAAGAAGCCCAGGCUUUGAUAGUCCCUCAUCAUUGCGUGUAGCACAUCUUUGUUUCUUGUGUUGGGGGUGAUUUUUUGGGAUGGACUGCUUUUGUGUAACAGUGAAUCUCGCUCCAUUUCAAAGCUCCUAUGGGGUACUACAUGCUACUGUAAGCUAGCGUGGGGCAGUUCCUGUUUAAAAUGAGGCUUCCUUUUCAUUGUUUCUCUCGCGUAGGAGUCUUGGAGAUGCCAAAUUAGCAGUGGGAUUAAAAUGUUACAAAACCAGCCUGCUUAGUCAUAUGGGCAGAUACAAGCCACAGCCACAGUUAGUAGCGUUUGUGUUAGUAGAGUUUGUGUUGAGGAUCCAGCUCCACCUCUCCUCUGCAGAACCUCAUUUUGAAUAAAGACAUUUAAAAACCGAGAAGUAAAUUCAUAACUGUUUUUCAAGCUAUGUUAUGUAAAGGGCGCUCAUGAAGCCAGCUAAUUAAAUGGUGCUACAGUACAUGUCUUUGUUAGGUAGCUGCUAUUUUAAUUGUUGCUUUUCUUAGUUUUUUUUUUUUUUUACAACGUGGUAUUUAAUUGAUUUCCUGUUUCAAGGAAUUUUUUGCCUUUGUUUUAUUGUUCUGUGGACAGUUCAUGCCAAAGAGCUGUGUGUCCCAUACCCCAUGGCCACUGCAUAGACUGUAUAUGCUGGAGGGCUCCUGAGUGUCGCAUCCUGCAAAGGCACUCCGCGUGGAGUGCAGGAUGUGCCCUAUAGCCUGGAGAUUGCGAGUUCGAAUCCAGGCAAUGUCAUUGCCGACCAUGACCGGGCGUUCCUAGGGGGCGGUGCACAAUUGGCUGAGCACCGUCCGGGUAGGGAGGGCUUAGGUCGGCAUGGCAAUCCAUGGUUCACCGCACACCAGCGACCCUGUUGGCUGAUAGAGCGCCUGCAGGUCUGCUGUGGAGCCAUUCAGAUCUGUGUUGUCCUCCAGCACUGUAGGUCUGAUGGCUUCGCUGUGGAUCCACAAUGCGAAAAAAGACGGCCAGGCAGAGACACGUUUCGGAGGACGCAUAUGUCAGCCGCCGUUUCCUGAGUCUCCAGGGGGUUGCAGCGGUGAACUGGGAUUAAUAAUAACACCAUUGGCGAUUCCAAAUUGGGGAGAACUGGGGUAAAAUCAUUGGCAACGAGUAAAUUAAAAACUGUAUACGCUGGGAGUACUGGCACGUUUGCGAAACUGUUCUCAAGUCUUUAUCUGAAGCAUCCACUGCAUCACUACAUUCAGUUGUUUUUAGGUUAACAUUUUUUUAGGACAUUACUUGGUGGGAAAAGCCACUUGUUUUGUUUUGUUUUCUUUUCUUUGCAAAUGUAUGUUUAAGGCAGGACUUCUGUAGUUGAAAAUGAUUAGCUUCCCACAAGCGAUGAAGGUGUCUGUUUUUUUUUUUUGUUUUGUUUUACCUUUUUAGAUGUCAUUGUUUUUAAUGAAAAUUAUUGUAAAUUUAAGAAUGCUAUUGUAUAUCAAGAAUGGUCUUUCUUAUGUAUUAUUAUAAUAAUUAUUAUUUAAUUUAUUGUUCAACUACAGAUGAAUUUUUAGCUAUUAAAGCAAUAUUUUCUUGCAUCCAUUUAUUGUUUCAUAUCUUGGUGAUUUUAAUGUGUGUUUGGUUAACCAUAUACAGCAGCAGAUUGGUGUCAAUGCAACCUAUAUAGCGAUGGACCCUUUUAGAAAUCUUUCUCGUGGGACACAUGCAUCAUUGAGGCAGUGUGCAUGGGGUACUGGAGUCUCAGAAUCUGGGAGUAUAGAGAGCCCUGUCCCAUGUCAACCUUGUCACGUUUACCCUGGUAUCCCUGGUAUUUCCCUCAUAUACCUAGUGUAAUAGGUUUGGGUUUUGAUAACCCCUCCCCUCUUCAGUGGCAUGAAACACUGCAAUUGUGCAAUAAGAUCCACGAUUCUCAACUCCAGAAGUGUGCACUCUGAAAAGGGAAAUUAAUCCCAUAUACAAAGUUAGACUACUCGACUGUUACAGGAAGCCAGGUAAAUAUAGUAAAUGAAAGGGCAAGCUCUUCCAUGGAAGUGAGAUGGCACAGUGGGCUAAUUCGCUAGUAUGUUCUUCAAGAUUCUUAUUGUGUGCAUUCAAUAAUAGAAUGACGAUUGAAGAAUUAUUGAAUUUGCACGUUAAGAAUCUUUGAAAAAGAAGGAAAGACGUGUGCAUGCACAAGUGGAGAAAAGUACAGUUUGCCACCUUCCUCUUAUCUCGGGCAGCAACACCCCCUUCUUCCACUCUCCUCUGGGGUGGGGCGGAAGCACAUCCUAUACCAUUACUUACCUCAGGAGCUCAUCGCCAGGAACUGGAUUUGAACCGCUGUCUUCAGGGAGUGCGAUUUGCCCACUGCACCAUCAGCUUCCACAGGGAAGCUUUGUUUCACACUGUCUGUAAGGUAAAUUAACCAAUCCUUUGAAAAUAAAGGAAAGACACAGCCGGAUUUGAACCCAGCACCCCCCCUAACCCUAACCCCGACC